UCCUUGCUUCGUGCCUCAGGCCCCGUCUACUGAGGCGGCGGCGUGGUCUUCAACAGAGUCGAGGGCCUCGCUACACGGGGCGAGGCGGGCCGGGCCAAGUGGAGCAGGCUAGGAGGAGUUUGGUGGCUUCUUUCCAUUUCUAAGGAGGAGGCCCUAAAGGUGUUGUCCAGUGACUUCAGUGUGGAGCCUGAGCUGAUGCCCAAAACGCCAUCUCAGAGGGACCGCCGGAGAAAGAAAUAGUUUUCCUCCAUGCAGGAUAAGAACAAGCCCCCAACCAGGAAAAGGUUGUCCCACUGUGAGAGACUAAGGAGUCGUUGACACAACCACCAGCUACUUCAGAGCAAAGAUAAGCCAGAGAAGCUGGUUCUGGUGGCAGCUGACAAUAGCUCCGUCCCUCGUCGGACUCUAACCCAAGCAGCAGCAGCCUCCUCGCCCCCUGAAUCGCCCAUGGUGCUCCCCAUAAAGCCUAUGAACCUGGCAGCAGUGAAUGGGUUUGUGCCUGUUAUAGAGAUCAGCGUCAGCGAGCAGCAGAGUGCUGAGAAUUACCUGGUGACAAAUAAGACCAAGACAGCUGUCGUCAGCUUGGGCUGCAAAGAUGAAUUGAUGUCCAAACAGCAGGCAGAAAGCCUCCCUGAGCCAGCGCCUGGGACCUUCUUGGUGGUGCCCACUGAGGUGCCUGAGGUGCAAGCUGCGGGGUCUGUGGCCAAACUCCAAAUAGCCCAGCCAGUGGCUGUGAUGACCAAGCCGGGCAGGGCACCCUCCUCACCAGGAACACAGACCCAGCCAGAGAUUGAGCUCCUCUUGGACUUGCUGGAAAGCCCUCAGACCGUGAUAGGCCCCUGCUGUGACUGGUGCUCGGUGCGUAGGAGCCUGGUGCGCAAAUUCUCACAAGCCCACAGGGCCUUCUUGAUUCGUAAGGACUCCGUGGUCCCGAAGAAGAUCAGCUCUGCUCGACGGUCCUCCAGGAAGCUGGCCCUGGAACCAGCAGUCACAGGCUACAUCACCUGCCACAGCUACCUGGAGAGGCUCCUGGGUGUAGAAGUAUUCAGGAAAGCCAGCUCUGAAGAGGAGGUGAAGUGUGCAAGAGAAACUGAGCAGGAGGCACCUGAGGGCACCAGGAGAAGGCUGCACUCUCAGAACACAAACAAGAUUUCCAUCAGCAGCCCAAGGGCCCAGCCAGGGUCUGGAAGCCAAGCAGAUGAUGACAGUG